AUGGGUUGGAAAAACCAGACCACUAUCUCUGAGUUCCUCCUCCUGGGACUGUUUGAGGGGUCGAAGAAUCAACAACUCUUCUUCUGGCUGUUUCUAUUCAUGUAUCUGGUUACUGUGAUUGGAAACCUACUCAUCAUCGUGGCUGUUGCUUCCAACACUCACCUCCAUACCCCUAUGUACUUCUUUCUAGCCAACUUAUCUUUUGCUGAUAUCAACUUCAUCUCUACCACAGUCCCCAAGAUGUUGGUGAAUAUUCAUACUCAGAAUAACUCCAUCUCUUAUUCUGACUGCCUGACACAGUUAUAUUUUUUUAUCAUGUUUGGGACUGUAGAUGAGUUUCUACUGGCCACAAUGGCAUAUGACCGCUACAUGGCCAUCUGUCACCCACUCCAUUAUGCAACAGUGAUGAGUCCCCAACUUUGUUUCCUGUUGAUUUCAAUUACAUGGGUUAUUAACGUUCUUCAUUCUCUCUUACAUACACUGUUGAUGAAUCAACUAGUCUUCUGUGCCAAAAAUGAAAUUCCCCACUUCUUCUGUGACCUUAACCCCCUGCUGAAGCUAUCCUGUUCAGAUGUCUUCAUAAAUGAGCUAAUGAUUCUCACCAUUGGUGUUCUUGCUGGCCUGACUCCAUUUUUCUGCAUCAUUAUCUCUUAUGUGUAUAUACUCUUUGCCAUACUAAGGAUCCCAUCUGCUGAAGGGAAGCAGAAAGCAUUUUCCACCUGCAGUUCCCACCUUUCUGUAGUAUCUCUCUUCUUUGGGACUGUCUUUGGAGUCUAUUUUAGCCCUUCAUCCAACCACUCAGCCCACAGUGACAUAAUUGCAUCUGUGAUGUACACAGUGGUGACCCCAAUGCUGAACCCCUUUAUCUACACCCUGAGGAACAGGGAUAUGAAAGAAGCCUUGAGGAGGCUCUUUUAA